AUGGGCAAAUCAUUGAGUAAGGCCAAGUCCUCAUCAUCUCCAUCAUCAUCAAAGAAUAAGAAUAAGGAGUCAACAAAGAAUAGUUCAUUAAACAGAGGCAAUAGUGGCAACAAUAAUACAGGUGUUGUUGGUGUGACAAAGGGAUCGAAUGAGGCGAGCAAGGCAACAGUCGAUGUGAACAACACCAAGUCAACAACAACAACAAAUGUUGUGUCAGACCAUCCCACCGCACAACCUCAACCUACAACAAUCAGUAUCACAUCAUCAUCUUCAUCAUCAACAAUCAACAACAACAACAAUGUACAUGUUCAGCCGCCACAACCACAGAGUACAUCAUCAUCGUCAGCGACACCAGUGAAUAAUAAUACACCUCGUAAUACUCAGACUGAUCAGAGUAGCAGUGUGACGACGGACGAUGAGGAUGAUGAGGGACCAGAGGAGAUCAUAUUCUCAAAGACAAAGCAGACGGUCACCAAGGACGACUUUGAGUUGAUGCACGUCAUUGGCAAGGGCAGCUUUGGCAAGGUGAUGCAGGUGCGCAAGAAGGACGACAACAAGAUCUUUGCGAUGAAGGUGCUGCGAAAGGAGGCCAUCAUCGCGCGCAAGCAGGUCACUCAUACCAAGUCCGAGAAGACCAUCCUGCAGGCCAUCUCACAUCCAUUCAUCGUCAAUCUGCACUACGCCUUCCAGACCAAGGACAAGCUGUACAUGGUUCUGGACUAUGUCAAUGGCGGCGAGUUGUUCUUCCAUCUGAAGCGCGAGGGUCGUUUCUCCGAGCCGCGCGUCAAGUUGUACGCGGCCGAGAUAGUGUCGGCGCUGGCACACCUCCACAAGCAAGACAUUGUCUACAGGGACUUGAAGCCAGAGAACAUUCUACUCGACUCUGAGGGACAUAUAUGCAUCACAGACUUUGGACUGUCCAAGAAGAUCGAGACGACCGAUGGAACAUUCACAUUCUGUGGCACUCCCGAGUACCUCGCUCCCGAAGUACUCAAUGGACAUGGUCACGGAUGUGCCGUCGACUGGUGGAGCUUAGGUACACUCCUUUAUGAGAUGUUGACUGGUCUGCCUCCAUUCUAUUCACAGAAUAUAUCGAUGAUGUAUCAGAAGAUAUUGAAUGGCGAGUUGAAGAUACCAAGUUAUAUAUCUCCGGAAGCUAAAUCAUUCCUGGAGAGUCUGUUGACAAGGGAUGUUGAUAGAAGAUUGGGAUCAAAUGGAGGAGGCGAAGUGAUGAAUCAUCCAUGGUUCAAGAGUAUUAAUUGGGAGAUGCUCGAUCGCAAGGAGAUUGAAGUGCACUUCAAGCCCAAGGUCAAGUCAGAGGGUGACAUCAGUCAGAUCGAUCCAUUGUUCACUCAAGAGCGGCCACUGGACAGCAUGGUGGAGACAUCAGCAUUGACCGAUGCCAUGAGCAAAGACAACAGUUUUGAAGGCUUCACAUAUGUGGCCGACUCUGUUUUGAAAGCCUAG